UGGCCCAAGCAUGUGCCACACGUUGCCAGCAAAGCUCAAUAGUGCCUCCGAUGGUAGCGCAGCCUUUGCGCCGACCCAUCCGGUUAGGCGAAGAUGACCUCGACAACGUGACGCCUGACAUUCAAAGUUCGAUUCUGUCCGCCUUGUUGCAGGACCGGCCGUCUUUGGAAAAGGAGAGCCCCCCUCGUCGGAGGGAGGCUACAGGCGUACCAGGCAUGAGUCGGCCUCCACUGCCACAAGCUGGUGCCGCUGUCUUGAACCGUGAGACUCGCGAGGUACGUCGCCCUCGUUCCGGAGACAACUCGUUGGUCUCCAGCAUGGCGUCGCGCUUGGCGCAGGUGGAGCAGACCAACAAGCAGCUGACAGCCAAGCUUCAGAAACAGAACCUGGAGAUGGAAGAGCUGCGAGAGCAGCUUGCCAGGGCCAGGCAACACACCUCUCCAGGGUGUGACAGCGAAAGCCUGCUUCAAGCUGAAUGCGACCGUUUGAGCCGCCAAGUGGAGGAGAUGAAACAGUUUAUGGCAGACUACGGCCUGCCUUGGCGACCUCGUUCGGGAAGUGGGGUCGCAGUUGAUAUUCAGGUAAUCCAAACCAGGAUCGAGGCGUUGAAUUCUGCUUUGGAGCAGGAGACAAAGGUCGUGCAAGAGAAGGCAGGUGGUGGUGUGUGUGCUCGAUUGAGCACCAUGGAGACCCUGCCGCUGACCUUCUUCAGAGAUGGCUUGAAGCUGGCAGAUCAUGGUUUCAUGCUUUUUCAGUCCAGCUCUGCGCAAGAUGCCAUCAGAGAUCUUUUGGAGGGUUUUCUUCCUCGACAACUGCGGGAAGAACAUCCGAAAGGUGUCGCCCUGAAGGUGCUGGAUCGCACCAAGAUGAGCUUUCGCCAGUGGCUGAAGGAGGCCAUGGAAGACCCAGAGCUCGUGGAUGGUGGUUCACGUCUUCGAGUUUCAGUGGGGCAAGCGCUUCAUGAUCCUCAGGACACGCGCAGCGCCUCGGAACGCUUCGUGGCGCAGCUGCCGGAGCGUGUGCUGCGGAAGGGUCAGGUCUGUCAAGUUCGCUCAGCGAUAGCACAGAGGCUUGGUGUUGAUGCUGGUCCACGGAGCGCUUCAGCCCCCCCACCAUCAGGUCACCAGGAAGUUGCUUUGCUGGCCAUUGGCCGACCUGCGGACGCACCGGCUGCACGACUGCAGGUGAAGUUGGAAAGUGGACAGAAAGUCCUUCUGAAGAUGGAGUUUGACGCGACCAUCGGUGAUUUGUGGGAAGCCCUGGCAGACUGGCGGUCGAAGCAGAAGGUGGGGCGAACCCGACCUGGAGCUGUGCUGAGGACCGCUUUUCCACCCAAGUCCUAUACAGACAGAAAGCAGAUGGGUCCUCAGCCUGUCCGCUCAUUCUGGUGUGUCGCGAUGGUUUUUACCAGCGAAUGUAAACAAAGUCGACACCAAGGACUUUGCAGGAUGCUGGCUUGACCCCAAGCGCUACAUUAUUUGUUGGCUAUGAGGACUCUCAUCAGCACCCUGUCUGAGUAGCGAUGCCUUUUGAAGGAUCCCAGUGAUCCAAAACGGUCUCGACGGAUUCUCCACAUAAAGCUGUGGACAGUCAUGGUCAGAGUCACGGACGGGCAAUCCAAGGAAGGUCCAAAGGAUUGAAAGAUGAUGGUCUCCAUGUGUACAUAGUCCAAUUGCCUCUCACCCAACGAGAAAACAUCGUCGCUGUGUUUCUGUGUUUCGGUGCUCGGCAGCGACGAGAUUCAACAAGCAGCGACAGCAGCUUUGCU